GCAUCACUCCUACUACGUUUGAACGACAAAAUGUUUGGUGGAUAGCGAGGAACCCGUGGAGCACGUACCAUUUACAUAAACCAUGAACAAUUUUCCUAAUUCUCACUCUUUUUCCCUCUUUCUUUAUACCUUGGAUUUAGGGGGAGUAGUGUAUAGAAAUACCCAACAAUCAACACCAAAUCCCAUCUCGUUUCUCCCUCUUCUUUCUCUCUCUAUACUCUCUGAUUGAUUUCUACUUCAAACUUCCAAUCUUGCACUGUCAAUUUUCAAAGAAUUUUAGCAACAACAAUGUUGGAUCUUAGGUCAAAGUUUCUGCAAGUUUAUCAAGUUCUUAAAUCUGAGCUUCUUAGUGACCCUGCUUUUGAUUGGACCGAUACUUCUCGUCAAUGGGUUGAUCGGAUGCUGGAUUACAAUGUUCCAGGAGGGAAGCUGAAUCGGGGGCUUUCUGUUAUUGACAGCUACAAGCUGUUGAAAGACGGAGAAGAGCUUACUGAGGAUGAAAUUUUUCUUGCUUCUGCACUAGGGUGGUGCAUUGAAUGGCUUCAAGCAUAUUUUCUUGUCCUUGAUGACAUUAUGGACAACUCUCAUACAAGGCGCGGUCAGCCUUGCUGGUUCAGAGUUCCGAAGGUUGGCAUGAUUGCUGUUAAUGAUGGUGUAAUACUUCGAAACCAAAUCCCAAGGAUUCUCAAGAAACAUUUCAGGGACAAGAAGUACUAUGUGGACUUGAUGGAUUUGUUUAAUGAGGUAGAAUUUCAAACUGCUAGUGGACAGAUGAUUGAUCUGAUCACCACUAUUGAAGGAGAGAAGGAUCUUUCAAAAUAUUCGGUUGACCUCCACCGUCGCAUUGUUCAGUACAAAACUGCUUAUUACUCAUUUUAUCUAUCUGUUGCUUGUGCUUUACUCAUGUCUGGUGAGAAGCUUGAAGAUCAUAUUGAUGUCAAAAAUAUUUUGAUUGAUAUGGGAAUAUAUUUCCAAGUGCAGGAUGAUUAUCUCGAUUGUUUUGGAGACCCGAAAUUCAUUGGCAAGAUCGGAACUGAUAUUGAAGAUUUUAAGUGCUCUUGGUUGGUUGUGAAAGCUCUAGAACUUUGUAAUGACAAACAAAAGAAAGUUUUAUAUGACAAUUACGGCAAAGAAGAUCCCGACUGUGUUGCAAAAGUAAAAGAACUCUAUAACGUACUCGAUCUUAAGGGUGUAUUUGAGAAAUACGAGAGUCAGAGCUACGAAAAACUGAUCAAAUCUAUUGAAGCGCAUCCGAGCACGGCAGUGCAAGCUGUUUUGAAAUCGUUCUUGGCUAAAAUAUACAAGAGGCUGAAGUGAAGCCUUGAUGUUUUCACGUUUAGUUUUAUAUUUGCUUGCUCUUUGAUUGAUUUGUAAGAUGGCUUUGAUAGUUUUGAUUCUAAGAACAAAUAUUUGUAUCAUUGAUCCUUUCCAUGCUUGGAGGAGAUUGUCUCUAUAUCUUUGUUUUUGUCUCU